AUGACUCCACAACCCUGCAUGCUCCUUGCCCCUGGCAUCCUUGAGUUCAUCUACCAUGAUGCUGAGAAUUGCUUCUUUUGUGACUCUCGGGACUGGAAAAGCCAUGGCAUUGAGAAUGUGAUCUCCCAGAGUGGUCCUGGCGGCAAAAAGACCUGGUGGCAAGCAGAGCGUGCGUUACUCAAGACAUCGAGCCUUCCACUGAGGGAGAGGUCAGGCCCAGAGGAAGAGCUCCUGUGUGUGACUAACCUCCGUGUGAACUUCAAAUUGCACGCACUGGGUGACAGGCCCCAGGGGGGCCUCAAGGGACACCGCUUCUACUACUAUGCCCUUGAGCUUGUGGUCCAAGGCAGCUGCCUGUGCCAUGGCCAUGCCUCUGCGUGCAGGCCUGCACCCAGGGUCCCACCCAACGUGGGAGGCGUGGUGCAUGGCCUUUGUGUCUGCUGCCACCACAGAGCUGGUACCCACGGUGAACGCUGCCAGGACCUGCACCAGGACCACCCAUGGCAGGCAGCAGAGCCUGGGCACCCCCAUGCCUGCCAGGCCAGCCCACUCCAUAUCCACCUUCCUUGUUCUGUUCCAGAAUGUGAGUGUCAUGGGCACGUCCGCAGUUGUCACUUUGACGUGGCCCUGUAUCUCGCAUCUGGCAAUGUGAGUGGAGGUGUGUGUGAUGCAUGUCAACACAACACAGCUGGGUGCUGCUGUGAGCUCUGCCAGCCCUUCUUCCACCGAGAUCCCAGGGAGGGUCCCUGCUCCCUUCACUCCUGCAAACCCUGUGACUGCAACCCUUUGGGUGCCCUGGAAAGGGGUUUGUGUGAUGCCCACACAGAUGAAACCUCGGGCCUCCUCUCUGGGCAGUAUCGCUGCAAAGUUCACGUGUGGAGCCAGCGCUGUGACUCCUCUGGCCUGGUCACUACGGCCUGAGCCUCUCGCAGUCAAAGGGCUGCCAGUGUGAGUGACCCUCAGAGUGGACCCCCACCCACAGGUCCUCCUCGCUCUGCCCCCAAUUACUGCCCUAAUAAUGCAUGCACCUACCUACCCCUGCAGCAGUCUCAUUAGCACCCUGACAGCCCUGUGCCUUCGCCUGCAGGUGCAAUCCCCGGGGCUGCGUCCCUGGCACUCAUGCCUGUGAUCUCUCCACUGGUGCCUAUCACUGCAAACGCUUUGUCUCUGGAUGGGACUGCAGCCGUUGUCUGAAGCCGUGCAGGAGUACACCAGGGUCUCCUCUCCACUUCUCAGCCAGAGGCAGAAGAGCAUUCAAGCCCUGGACUCACCCUCGCUUCUUCCUGCAAUGAGCAGUUCCAGCAUAUGGCCUUCCAGGCUCCUGACCCUCCUCUCUUUGCCCAGGUCUUCCUGUCCUUCCUCCACCCACCUACUCUCUCUUAUAGCCCAACUUCUGGGGUCUGAGUAGUGGCUCUCUAGGCUGUCGGCCCUGUGACUGUGACUUUGGGGGCGCCUACAGCAACAGGUACAAGGCAGGGACUGGGGGUCCAGGUCAAGGGACAAGAAUUGGGAGUUGACUCUGUCCUGUCCCCAUCCCUAUGCUGGCUCAGGUGUUCUGCAGGGGAGGGCCUCUGCCUCUACCGUCCCCACCUCCGUCUCCGCCACUGCCGUGAACGCUGGUCUGGGUGCUUCUGUGCUACCCUCGACCAGGCCACUGCUGAAGCUGAGCUUGGUCUGGGCCUCCAGCCUGCUGACCCCCAGCUGCCUGGAGCCCCCGAGCCUGCUCCUCCCCACUGUACACAAGCCCCAGGGACCUCCUCUGGUUGGCUGAGGCCCUGACUUCAGAGACAGCGUGUCCCUCAAUGUGCCUCCACCCUGCCAGGCCCCAAAGGAGCCCCUGCCCCUGCAUCAGGGAGCUGGCUGUACACUCUGGACUGGCUUUGCACGUGUGGUUGAUGGGGCUGGCCUCUCUCUUCUGGCACCCGUAGCGCCUUCUGCCCUGGCGUGUGACAUUGUCCUACGCUAUGAGACCCAGAGCUGUGUUUCUAUCCAGACUUUUCUGCUUUGAACCUGGAACACGCUACUCCAUGACCCUGCGGCUAUGGCAGACCAAGGGGGU